AUGACAAGUCAAGGGGUACUGCAACAAGACUACAUUUCAACCUCAUCGUCAGCUCAAACGCUCAUCAUGGACAAUGGAGGAGAUACAAUCAAGAUUGGGUUGGCUCCCAAUUCUUUGAAUGAUGUUUUAGAUCAAGCUAGUGAACUCAAGCGUCCUCUCAUCAUUCCGAACACGAUUGCCAAACAAAAAGCAUCAUCAUCCACAAGUGGUUCUGUGUUCAUUGGGGAUCAGCUUGAAAGUGAUUGUGAAUGUUUUGCAUCUUUGUUAUUCAGAAGACCAAUUGAACGAGGAUAUGUUGUGGAUUGUGAAACACAAGCCAUGAUUUGGGAUUAUCUGUUUAAAACACGUUUUUCAAGUUUGCCCAUAAGCGAAACAAGACUCUUUCUUUCUCACCAGCCAUGUACACCAAAAACUAUACAAAAAGAUCUUUGUCAAUUAAUUUUCGAAUACUUUGGAUUUAAAGAAUAUGCCUCUCUUUCUAGUCAAUACCUAAGUUUUUUUGGAUAUCUUAAUGAAAUUAGUGAUGAAAAAUCACCUCUUUACUCAGUAGAUACGACUAACCCUGUGAAAUUGUCUAAAAGUGCUCUAGUAGUCGAUUCUGGAUUUUCGUUUACACAUAUUUAUCCCAUUAUUAAUUCCCUCCCUGUGAAAACUGGUAUCCAAAGAAUUGAUAUUGGCGGAAAAUUAUUAACAAAUUACCUCAAAGAAGUCGUAUCGACCAGAUAUUACGACAUGAUGGAAGAAACAUAUUUAAUGAAUCUCGUUAAAGAAAGAUUGUGUUACGUAUCAAAGAAUUUCCUUGAAGACUUACAUGCUGCUUCCUUUAGUGAUUCUCCUCUUUUUCAAUCUUAUGUGCUACCAGAUUAUAGGCACAGUAAAACAGGUUAUUUACUGGAUACUUCAAAUAUGACAUCAAUAGACCCUGAGUUGCAAAUUUUGACGCUGAAUAAUGAACGUAUUGCUAUUCCAGAACUUUUGUUUAAUCCCUCUGAUAUUGGUCUCAAUCAAGCAGGUAUUGCAGAGACUUGUGCAAGAACGAUACUAACUAAUAUCAAAUCUCCAGUAGAACAGUCCAUAUUAUUCGAUGCUAUUUUGAUAACAGGAGGCAACACUAAAUUCAAACACUUUAAAGAGAGACUAGUUCAAGAAAUAAGACCAUUCUGUCCAGAAGACUUCAAGUCUGUGACCGUUUUGGAAAGCAAAAAUCCCAUCACCUUGUGUUGGAGAGGAGCUUCAGCUUUUAGUUUCUACCAAAAACGACAACUGGACCAGUGCACUGUGAAAAAAGAAGAAUAUGAGGAAGCAGGGUAUGAGUUAUGUGAAGACAGAUUUAAGCAGAGCUAA